AUGUGUGGCGGCGCUAUCAUCUCCGAGCUCAUCCCGGAGCGCGACCACCACCGCGCCGGCAGCAAGCGGAGCCGCCUCUGCACCGCCGACUUCUGGCCGCACGCCGCCGGUUUCGACGACCCUACCGACCACGACCUCUACCCCGACCUCACCGGCGCCGGCGCCUGCACGUUUCCACAAGGUGCAGCGGCGGAGGAGCCGAGCAGGAAGCGGGAGCGCAAGACGCUGUACCGCGGCAUCCGGCGCCGGCCGUGGGGCAAGUGGGCGGCGGAGAUCCGCGACCCGGCCAAGGGAGCGCGCGUCUGGCUCGGCACCUUCGCCACCGCCGAGGCCGCCGCGCGCGCGUAUGACCGCGCCGCCAGACGCAUCCGCGGGGCCAAGGCCAAGGUCAACUUCCCCAACGAGGACCCGCCGCCGGAGACCGACGACUACGACGACAUCGUCCACGCCGUGCCGCCCUGCGGCGGCGGCCACCUCAUGGACGGCUACGACGACAUGGCGAGCUUCUUCCAGCACCAGCCCUACAUGGCUGACACCGUCACGGUGGCGCACGAGGAAGCGCCGGUGUACGCGCACCAGCUGCCAAGGCAAGAGGAGUGCAUGAUGGAGCUCUGGAGCUUCGACGACAUCCACACGGCCGGACAUAUCUGAUCAUCAAAUCGGUGGUGUCUUCUACAUGUAAU